UUCAGGUGGUAGCAAUCUUAAAAAUUUCGUUACAAACAAAUUGAAAAAUUCUGCGAAAUACAAUACAUAGUUACUGGAUAUUGGAAAAAAUAAAAAAGUAUUUAUUAAAAAAAAAAAUAGAAGUUGAAAUAAAUUAAAGAGAGUACAUAUGUAUGAACAAAUAUUUAAAUAUUUUUUAAUUAUAAAACUGUAAGAGGAUUAAUACUACGUAUCCAUUCCUACACCUGUUAAACAUCCGAUACUUGUUUGGCAAGCAAACCACGAAAAGUUCACAAACAUUCUUUGCAACAAGUAGAUAUAAAUCGAGGAAAACAGCAUGAUAGAUAGAGUAGAAAGUACAAAAUAAAAUAUAAAUCCCAUUGAUGGAAUGAAAUUAUGAAUUCAAAUUUUAAUUUAUUUAAUUAGUGAUUGCAUUACAGAUAGUAAUUACGUAGCAAUAUAUUUGAGAAAAAAAACUUUAAAAAAGUUUUAAAUUUAUUCCAUGUAAAGCUGGUUAAUGAAUCUAUAACCAUAUGCCUAUGAAAGAGAUAAAACAGUUUUCAUAUUCAUUUCUAUAAAACGUUUCUAAAUGUAAUAUACAAAAUAAUUUAAUAGAAUAGUCAACUCAUUUAAGAAGAAAAGUUGAGCAAUUCUGUAAAAUGGCGUUUAAUAUGCACUUUUUUACCGACAGUUUGAAUUAUAAAAUUUAAAAUUUUAUAAAACGUUGUGCCAAUAUUUUAAAUAUCUUAAAAAAUUGUGUAGUAAUUAUUAGAGAUUUUUACAAAUUUAAAUUUCAACAGAUCUAAUGAAAAUGCCAAAAACCUAAAAAAAUAAAUUGUCAAAAAGAUAACAAAACUGAAACACAAAAUAAACGUAAUAGUGACCAAUUUAAUAUUAAACAAGUGCUGGAGCACAGAGUGAAGUGGAUGAAUGCUAAAGUAGAUUCGUAAUUAAAAAAAAUUUAACAUGAAUUUAAUUGGAAAAACUACAAUAAACACAAAAACCUGAAUAGCAACCAUUUGAAAAUAGAACGCUAUAGCAAGUGCUCUUGAGUUAAUUAUUAACGGUCUCGUAGAGAGAGAUAGAUUGCGAGAUACAUAACAGUCAAUACAUUUUUACAACUAAAUACAGGACACACAAUAGAAGGUGUAACUGUGGGUGUAGCUAGGUAGUAGUACAGGCAGUGUGUUUGUGUGAGCUUACAGACGAAUAUUAAAAUGGAGUAUUUCUUGCGUGAAUAUGCGGCACGCAGUAUAUUGCCUCAUUUGAAUAUGGUAGCUAAGAGUAUAAAUAAUGAAAAAGGAAACAGCAACACGAACAUGAACAACAGUAAUGAUUACUACCAUGAAGCGAUAAACACAACUGCAGCAACAAUAAUUGAGAGUGUUAGCAGCAACUAUAACAAUAGUUUUAUUUUAAAUCCUGGAGAUUCUGGCGAAGGGGGAGGAGGCGACGUAGGUGGAGUAGUUAGUGGCAGCAACAGUGAUAAUUUAUAUUUUAUACAACCUCAACAACAAUUGCUCGUGGAUGUUUUUAGUAGUCCUGGCAGCAGCAGCCAACAUAAUGUGGGUGUUGGCAAUCAAUAUGAAGAUUAUAUUGAAUAUUUGAACAACGACACUUCCUCGCCAACCUCACAACUGAUAGCAAGUACACCAUCCUCAUCAUCGCCCGCCCUACACUUGUUGGCAUCUCUAGCCAGUGUUACCACCACCACGAUAUCCUCAAUAACCCACCAAGUGCAACAACAGACAGAAGAAUCAGCAUACGAAACAGCAUAUGCAUCUUUUUCCUGCGAUGGUGAAUCACAAACAUUAAGUGCUUUAAAUUCCUCACUGGUUAAUGAUGACAAUGUCAGUGGUGACGAUGGUGAUGAGGCUUUAUCAAGCGUUUACUUUAAGACCGCCGUCUAUUUAUUGUACAUUCCAAUUUUUGUGUUUGCUCUUUUGGGCAACGGUACCGUCUGCUACAUCGUUCAGUCAACGCCACGCAUGCGCACAGUUACAAAUUAUUUUAUUGCCAAUUUAGCUGUGGGUGAUAUACUGAUGUCUCUAUUUUGUGUUCCCUCCUCAUUCAUAUCGAUAUUCAUUUUGGGCUAUUGGCCAUUUGGCAUUGUGCUGUGUCAUCUGGUCAACUAUUCGCAAGCUGUGUCGGUGCUGGUGAGCGCUUAUACAUUGGUGGCCAUAUCAAUAGAUCGUUACAUUGCGAUAAUGUGGCCGCUAAGACCGCGCAUUACAAAGAGAACUGUAAUGAUUGAAGAAUUAUACAAAAUAAUGCUAGUAUAUUAAGGCAUUUGCUAAAUUCAAAAUCAAUUUAACUUAUUGCCAUUAAUUUGUUUUCAUAAUUAACUUUCUAGAUAUGUUUGUCAGGAGGAAUGGGCGUCAAAGGAACAAAAUUACUAUUACACUUGGGCCUUAUUGACGCUGCAGUUCUUGGUGCCACUGUCUGUGUUAAUUUUCACCUAUACACGUAUUGCAUUAGCUGUAUGGGGUAAAAGACCUCCCGGUGAAGCAGAAAACUCAAGAGAUCAACGUAUGGCAAGAUCAAAGCGUAAGAUGAUUAAAAUGAUGGUGACAGUAGUGAUUGUUUUUACCAUGUGUUGGCUGCCUUUUAACAUAUUGAUUUUGUUACUGAAUGAUGAUGUCUUGUUGGCCUGGGGACCAUUGCCAUACUUCUGGUUUGCAUUCCAUUGGUUGGCCAUGUCGCACAGCUGUUAUAAUCCCAUCAUUUACUGUUAUAUGAAUGCUCGCUUCCGCGGUGGUUUCCUGCAGAUUAUUUAUCGUGUACCAGGUUUACGUCGCUGUUGCUGUUUGCGUCGUUAUUUACGCACACGUGGUGAUCGUAGUUAUGAAGCUACUGGUGAGAUGACCUUCAAAUUCAAUCGUCAUAAUGGUGGAGGUCUUAUAAGGAAACCUAAAAUACGAAUUAGGAACGGACGAUGCAUUCCACCUGCAACGUGUGAACACAUGCACCACAUACAUCAGCACAAGACGAAAGAUACGCACGAAUUCUAUGCACGCGAGUCAAUCUUCAUGUGCGGAAACAACGGUGUUGCGGUAGUGCCAGGUUCAUAAACAUCAUAAAUUCAAUAAUAAUGCGGAGAAAUUUAUGUAAACAGCAAAACCAAACGGUAAAUUGAAUAUGGACAUGGUUGGCAUGGAGAAGAUUAAUUAUUGUCUAAUUAGUAAAAAUAUGUGUUAAUAGGCGGUAUUAUUUAUUUAAAAUAAACUGUUAUUUUAUACGAAUAUAUAAUUUUAAUUUUUGAAAUAAAACAUGUCACUCAUUUACUGUAAGACUGGCAUAAUCCCAAAUUCGAGUUUCAAAUUUCAAAUUUGUUAAUAAUUUUCACAACUACUUUUUUUUGGAUUAUGCCACUUUUGUAGUAAAUAAGCUUUAUAAACAAAUAUACACACAUGUGUGUAUACAACAUUAGGGAAGUCCCGUUUGUAUAAAAAAAAGCAAUUGUACUGAUAUUUUCUCCGAAAAUUUAAAUUUAGUUCAUUCCUUGAAACUAUCAGAAAAGGGUUACUUUGUGGUACACCACUUCCUUUACUCUGGGCAACGUCGAUUUAUAGCCUCCUAAAAACCCUAACCGAAAAGAGAUUUAGAACUUGGCCCAUGCCGUACAUGCUCUGGAAGCGGCACUUACAGUAGGACGGCUCUUACCUUAAUCACACAUUGGAAGACUUUGCACAUAAAGGAACGGAUGUGCCUGAUAGCAUACCUUAUUCGAAAUAUAUACAUAUAUAGGGAACUUUGAAAUACUGAUACACAUAGAAUUUCGUGGUUGGGUGUACAAAUACAUUGCUACAAUGAAGGCUGUAUACUGGGUUACAGAACGGGCUUGGGAAUCUAUUUAUAUUGAAGACCCGAUCGCAUACGUGUUUACCAUUUCAUUCAUUAUUUACCUUAGUAAAAUUUGGUGUCAAAUGACAAAGAGUUGUAAAAUAUUUUGUGUCAUUUUUAUUUUUUUUUCUGUCAGGAUCAAAAGAUGUCUGAAUUAUUAUUAUGCGUUUGUGCUGAUGUUUGUAACACCCAAAAAUAUUGUUCCUAUACCCAUCUUAAAGUAUACUAAUCGCCGGGAAUUAUUUUUUUAUUCGAUUUAGCUAUUUCCGUCUACCUAAAAGUCCAGGCAAAGCUUAUGCGAAUGCAUUUUUAAAAUAUUUGCAAAUUUGGCACAUACUUUUCCUAAGGACGAAGCUUGACCUUGCCCCUGCAGAAAAUGACUUGAAUGUAAAGUUAAUUUUUAAACACUAAUAACACCAUGAUGUUCUACGUAAAUAACUUUAGACUCUAAUUCCUCUAUCAAAAUAUAUCAAAAAGGAAAGAAUACCCCCUUUGCCCCAUAUCCUACACCUGUUACAAAAAUAAAAUGUGAUUUAGUUUUCAUAAUCAAACAUUUAAUUUGAAUAGUAACUUGCCUCAGAUAUACUUAAUCCAUUCAUUGUUAAAUACAAUUGUGGAAAUUUAAGUCAAAUUUUAAAAGAGGCUUUUAAAGGAGCUAAGGUCAAAUGAGGUCGUAUAAUUAUAAAAUUCAUAAGGGUCAUUAAGGAUAGUUUAGAACUUGGUUCUAAAGCUUUUUGUCGAGAUAGGAGUAUAUUAAACAUAAUUAUAAACUUAAAAGCCUAAUGCGGCGGGUUCAGUUGUAUGUAGCCUAGGUGAAAGAACGGAAUGCAGUUAGCCAUUUUUUACAGGCUUGGUCUCCGGUGCAAUAGAAGAUCAUGUACCAAAUUUCAUUUAAUUUUUUUCCAAAUUGCGACAUGUAGUUUGAUUAAAAGGUUUAAAAGUCAUACUUGGCGGAUUCAAUUGUUUGGGGGCUAGGUGAAAUAAUGGACCGAUGUUAAGCAUUUUUAAUAGGCUUCCUGGGACAAAAGAAGAUCAUGUAUCAAAUUUGGAUUACAAAGUUUACAUCCCACUAAAGUGGUGUAGGGUAUAAAAAUAAUCAUCAUUUUUACCGACUCACUAGUGUAGGGUCAAAAUUUUACUAAGGUCAAAAUUUUUAAUCUUUGGAAGGGAGUUUUUUCUUUUCCUUGUAUUUAGUAUUCAAAAACUCAUCGAUACAUAGAUAUUCUUACAUGAGAUUUUUAAAACGGUUGUACCUGGGGACACUUGAAAAUUUCGUGUGAAGUUUAGAUUUGGACUACAAAUUUUCAGUGAAGAAAUAUAUAUAGCUUUAUUGGACAAAUUUUUCUAGGGCCAAUAAAGACAUUGUAUGAACAAAAUGUUCAACUUUGACUUCAUCGGUUCUUGACCGAUAGAGCUGAAAGUUUGUGUAUGUCCUACUAUUUAAUAAUACUAAAUUUGGUGCAAAUUUCAUACAUAGAUAUAAUGUUAACGGAAUAGAUAGAGUUUAAAAUUCGUUUGCAAGUGUAUAUAAAAAACUUAAACUGAAAAAUUAAAAAAGAAAAUUAAAUGAAAUUUUUUGUACAGAAAAAUAUAAAA